UGCAGUAGAUGAGGCUUAUUCACACACACUCACACACAGACAUAUGAGGGUAUUCUCGCACGCUUGCACUCACUUGCUCACACCCUGCUUGCAUUGCUCAGCGAUGCCAUUUCUUUGUAGUGGGGAUGCAAUCCUGGAGAGAUUAUUUUUGCAAGCCUUGUAGUGCUUCAGUCACCUCUCCUCAGGAGGACAUGGAAUACAGGAUGGGAAGCUGCAUCGGAGUCGCACGCAGCCAGGCUGCAGUACACACUGACAAGGUGAGCCCACUGAAGGAGAAGUCUGCCACUGCAGAGAACGGAUCUGUCCACACUGAUUCAGUCAAAGCAGAGCCACAGGUGACUGCUGACGAGGAAGAAAAGCUGCGAAGGCAAGAAGAGGAGGAUAAAGAGGAGCUAGAGUUUCCUCAUGAUCUGCUGACCAGCAUAGACCUUGACCUCAGCACUGAGCUCAGUCUCACCUGGGGAACCUCACUUGGUUGUGAGCAGGGGAGCUUGGGUGAAAUGAAGAAUGAGGCUGUGGCACUGGGUGGCACUGCCAACCCUCUGCUGGCAGGCCUAGAGCACCACAUAGGGGCCAGUCCACCAGUAGUGGGCCUCAUGAAGAGACCAUUUGAGAUCCACAGUUUGCCUCAGGCUGAACUAGAAUUCCGAACCCCAACUGAAGAAUAUUUUCCCCCUGCACCUGAAGAGAGUUUUCCCCCUGCACUUGAGGAGAGUUUCCCCCCUGCGCCUGAGGAGAGUUUUCGCCCUUGGCCUGAGGAGAGUUUCCCCCCUGCGCCUGAGGAGAGUUUUCCUCCUGCUCCUGUGGAGAGUUUUCCUCCUGCACCUGAGGAGAGUUUUCCUCCUGCUCCUGUGGAGAGUUUUCCUCCUGCACCUGAGGAGAGUUUUACCCCUGUUACUAAGCAGACAGAAGAACCACUAGACUGCAGGUUUCCUCUGGUAGAAGCUGCUGAGAGGAGUGAGCCUGUCCCCUCUCCCUUAUCCCCCCUACCACAGCACGACACUGCUCCUGCCCUCCCUGCCCACCUGCUCCAGGACACAGUCGAGUUCCCCACACCGCCUCCUACCCCUCCGGACAGGGCUCCCCCUGAGCCUCAGACCCUUCCUCCUGCUCCUGCUCCUUCUCCUUCUGGUCUGCCCGAGGCUUCCCCUGCUGCCCCUGUGCCUCCUCAAAUCCAACAGCUACAGCACUCUGAGCCUUCAGCAAGGAGCUCAGACUCAGACGGAGCAUUUGAAACCCCUGAGUCCACCACCCCUGUGAAGUCUGCUUCCCCACCAGUGCUCUCAACAGAGCCCCCCUGCACCAAAUCAGAGGCAUUGUCCCCAGAACACACAGGAAAUGGUAUGGAAAACUAA